AUGAAGACUGGCAAAAGGAGGAAACGACAACGUCAAGAAAAUCCUAGUGAUAGUACCGGUACCGAAUCCGAGGGCAAGAAAAGAAGAAAGAACACGCAUACAACCUCGAAUGCCCCUCCAAAGGAUUCCAUGGAAGAUGCUGCUGUGAUAUUUCAGGAUGCCAUGACCAAGGUCAAGUCAAAUUCCGAAAAUGGUGAUGAGGAGGAUGUCGCCAAUGUAUUUUUCGAUUUGGCCAAUUCUCCAAUGGUGGGAUUCCGAAUAGAUAUGGAAUCCAACGGCGGGAAGAAGAAACAGCAAGAUCAGGCAUCGAUUGUCGUGCAGCAGAACAUUGGUACCACUGCUCAUACAGGAGGGAUUGUGUGGGAAACUGCCUAUCUGCUGCUUCAAUAUCUACUUGCUGGCUCCAACCGAAGACCACUUGGCAAGACACUCGAGGUGGGCGCUGGGUGCGGCUUGCUGGGACAAGUUCUCGCAGCGCACAACAUUGUGGAUCAAGUGGUCAUGACCGAACAUGCCAUUGUGACGGACACCGGGCACCUGGCAACCAAUGUAGAACGCAACAAAGAUAUUUGGAGCCAGAGCGCUCCAGUCUAUGUCGAAAAUUUGGACUGGGAGAAUUAUGAACGAGACACGGCCAAGAGCGAGCAUCUGAUACCGCACUCCUACGAUACUAUUGUGGGGACCGAUGUCGUCUUUACACCCAAACUGGUAGAACCAUUGUGGAAGACGCUGAAAUACAUGUCCCACCCAAAAACAAACAUUUACCUCUGUCUGCAGGAGAGGUGCGAGGCAUCUCAUAAGCUCCUGUUGGAGAAAGCCUCAUCCUUUCACUUUCACCUCACAGAUAUCACCAAUCAACUCGAAUCGAUUCCAUCCUGCAAGUGGGGGAAAGAUUUGGACUGCCGUCUAUUCCACAUUACAGUCAACAAGGAGGAAUCUUCUUGA